AUGGAAGGCUCUCUUGAAGAAGCCGACAGUUGGCAGUGUCCUGACACGCCGUUAUGGUUCGAUACGCGAGGAUACGCCGCGGGGGAUAUGAUAUCCGGUCUUUUGUUCGACAAACUCGAGGAGAUUCGCUCGCAGAUACCGAGAAGAAGAAACGUAAACGCGAUCACGGAUCUGUGUCUCCAUCGAAACUCGUUCUGGUAUAAAACGUCGUGUCCCCCACCAGCUCUCCUCUCACCAAACCGACACGGUCCAAACUACACUCGCGACCUCUCUUCACUCAGACCAGAGCGACCUUCCCGUGGCUUGCCGCUCGUGUGUAUCCUCUGCCUACGCGAUCAAGGGUUCCAGUCUAUCAUCAACAAGAUAUCCGCGAUGCCUUCUUCCCCCACUCGCCAACGCACUCACGAAGACAUGAUACUGAUCUUGGCCACAGCAGCAGGACGGCAAGCUGUCGAGAACUUUCUGUCUCAGCGGGAUGAACCACAGGUUCCACCGCCCCCUCCAUCUACUCCGACCUCAGAUUCCUUCCCUGUGAACGCUCUCGACACUGAAGCCUAA